GCGAACCGGGAGAGGGAGGAGAUCCGCGGCGGGAGAGGCAGAGGGAGCGCGAGAAGGAGAGCGAGCGGCAGCACGAGAGGGAGAUGGAGAAACAGCGGGAGAAGGAGCGGGAGAGGAGCGCGCGCGGAGCAGAGGCACGAGGAGGAGAGGGAGAAGGCGCGGGAGGAGAUGAGGAAGCAGCAGGACGAGUGGCAGCAGGAGCGCGAGCAACUCACGGACGAACUACAGGGUCUGCACUCCCAGCUGCUGGCCGCCCGCAAGGAGCUGGACACCGUCCGCCAGCAGAGCAACGACCGCUGCAAGGCUCUGAACGGCGAGCUGGAGGAGCUUAAAACGCGGAUGGUGGGGCUGGAGGCGGAGAACAAGAGGGUGAAGGCGGAGCGGGAGAGCAUGGAGGGGGUGCUGGGGGGAGGCGGAGUACGAGAGAGACGCGUUCAAACUCGCGCUCGAGCACUCCAACCUGGAGCACAAGCUGCUCUCGCAUGCGCUGAAGUCUAACGGGACGCACGCCAUUCAGAACCUUCAUGGCGAGCUCUCCGCUGCUCAGGCGUCCGUGCGAGCACUGCAGUCCACGGUGGAAGUCAUGCAGCAGCAGAUGCGCAAGUCAUCGUCUGAGAGUGCAUCGCUGUUGGAGGAGCUCACAGACCUCAAGGCCCUGCGACUCACAGAGGUGGCGCAGCACAAGGACCAGGUGGCGCACCUGCAGGCGACCCUCUCCUCCCUGCGCCACGCGCUGGACAAGGAGCGUGACUCCAACACACGCCUGCUCAAGGCCCUUCAGGAGGCAGACAAGACGGCGCUGGACCUGGCGUCUGACGCGCAGGGCAUCAAGUGAGGCGGGAGGAGGCGGGUUUUGUUACGCUGCGGCUAGUUAUUCUGGGGAGAGGGUGGCAAUAAGGAGCAGUCCGUGCCCACUUGCUCUCCCAACCUUCCCCCACCCACCGCCUCUCUUCUGUUUCCCACUCUCUCUCCCUCACUCCUCUCCCUGCCCUUUUGAACCCCGAGCGCAAUGCUUUCACAAUCGCCAUGCUCCUUGGUUUACGUUGGACCUUGCAAUGUAUUGAUUGGCUCUCCUGUUCUUGUCUAGCUGCAUUCUGCUUUGCAAUAGGCCUGGUGAUGCUCCAGCACAUUGUGUGAUUGCUGUGUGAGUAGUGAGUGUGUUCCUGUAUACACGCCCACUGAGACAAUGCCUUAGUACUGACGGCUUGCUUUGUGCUAGACUUUUGUGGUGUAUUGCUGUAAUAUGCUCUAUGCUCUUACCUUGUGAUGAUGCAAAUGUACCUGAGGGC